AUGUCUCUCUCCAAAAGCGAGUCAGACGUCAUCCUCAACCGGGCAAACGUCGCCUUGUCCCGCAGUCAACGCCUCGUGGCAUCAUGGCUCCCCCAAAAAUCAGAAGACGAACUAGCAAAUGCCAAAACCGACGAAGAACUACAACGAGAAGAAGAUGAGAUCUUCACGGCCGUUCCAGAGACACUCGGCGUCGGAGCCCCCCUCCCCCAAAAAGCCGCCGACGGAAGCUGGAACCGGAGCGAACUAGACUCAAACGAUAAGCUGCGCAAACAAUUACUCGGCAAAAAUUAUGAUCGCGUCAUGAAGGCCGCUGCAGAACAGAAGGCCGCUGCUAAGGCCGCUGCCCUGCCUGUUGCCAGUACUUCUGAGACGAAGGCGGACGAAGAUGAUGACGAUGAAGAAGAUGGGCGUUCUGCUAUGCUUGCUCGUCAGAAGAAUAAGAGGAAGGGUGGUGCCGGCGGUGUGCAUCCGGCUGCGGCUGCGGCUGCGGUCGCAGCGCCUGAUGCGAAUAACGAUGAUGAGAGUGCGCCGAAGGGCCCUGUGCGGUCGAAAGGGAGGAAGAAGGCGACGAGCUAUCUUGAUGAGCUUCUGGCCGAGCGUGCUAAAAAAAGAAAGAAGAAGUGA